AUUGAUCUAUGCAUGUAUACAGAUGAAAGACAUAAUAAAAUGUUUCAGGGAAAUUGGACAGAUUUUUUCUUCCUGGGAUUUUCCCACUACCCCAAAUUGGAGGCCACCAUUUUUGUGCUGUGUCUGCUGAUGUACCUGAUCACCUUGCUGGGAAAUGUUAUUCUGAUCUUCAUCACCAUCCUGGAUUUCCAUCUGCACACCCCCAUGUAUUUCUUCCUCAGCAACCUCUCUUUUCUGGAUAUCUGGUAUACUUCUUCUGCUCUCACUCCAAUGCUGGCAAACUUUGUUUCAAGUAAAAACACCAUCUCAUUUUCAGGAUGUGCCACUCAGAUGUACUUCUCUCUUGCCUUGGGCUCCACUGAGUGUGUGCUCCUCUCCUUGAUGGCAUAUGACCGGUAUGUGGCCAUCUGCCACCCACUGAGAUACCCCAUCAUCAUGAACAGGAGGGUCUGUGUGCAGAUUGCAGUGGGUUCCUGGGUGACAGGUUGUCUCACUGCCCUGGUGGAAACAAUGUCUGUGCUGCCACUGUCUCUCUGUGGUAAUAGCAAGAUCAAUCAUUUCACCUGUGAAAUCUUGGCUGUCUUGAAAUUGGUUUGUGUGGACACCUCCAUGGCGCAAUUAAUCAUGCUGGUGAUAAGUGUACUUCUUCUUCCCAUGCCAAUGCUACUCAUUUGUAUCUCUUAUGCAUUUAUCCUUGUCAACAUCUUGAGAAUCAGCUCAGUGGAUGGUCGAAGCAAAGCCUUUUCAACAUGCACGGCACACCUGACUGUGGUGGUUUUGUUCUAUGGGACAGCUCUCUCCAUGUACCUGAAGCCCUCAGCUAUAGAUUCACAGGAAAUAGAUAAAUUUAUGGCUUUGAUAUAUGCUGGAUUAACUCCCAUGCUGAAUCCUAUCAUCUACAGUCUAAGGAACAAAGAGGUGAAAGUGGCUGUGAAAAAAUUGCUGCUUAAAAAUCCUUUUAACGCUGUCUUAAUUUCCAUCCUCAAAUAAUAUUGAAACAAAGACAUUU